ACAUCUUGACGUGUCAUGUCGUAACGUACAGUACGCAUAAAGCAACAAUUUAUCUUACAAUCUCUCACCACCUGGUGUAGCACUUCUAUCAUCCUUUAAAAACAAAUGGACAGGGGUAAGGGGGGAAUACCUAGUCAUUGCGUGCGAUCAUCAUUCUCAAAGCAGCUGUUCACUUCUAAGAUCACUUUAGCACCGCCCUAAAAACAUGAUUCAAAUUCGACACAAACCUUCAAAUAGAAAAGACGUGUCACCAUGCUUCAGGACGUUAUGGACACGGGAGAGUCGAUGGUCAAAAUACUGAAAAGCAGCAAAGCUGACGAUGAAUUAAGAAAAGUGAGAGAAAAACAGCAGUCUUUCUUUGAGCGACAUAUGGACACGAUGAAAACCAUCACACUGGUGUUAAACGGUGUAGUUCAGUGUGAGGAUGAGGCGAGCCAGAAGCUGCUGGACAUGGAGGGGCAGAAGAGCCAGGCAGAGUGGGAACUGGACAGCCUGGAGCAGGAGCUGCAGCAGUAUACAGCAAGGAGCCAGAACAUGGACUCUGAACUACAGUUCCUGCAGAGGAAGCUGGAGAGUCUGUGUGACUCGGAGCAGGAGCUGCAGACCCUGCAGCAGGAGGUUGAUGAUGACACUAUGGAGGUCAUCCCAUCAGCCAUAUACGUGGCCCAGUUGUACCACAAGGUGACCAAGAUCAAGUGGGAGUAUGACACGAAGCCACACAUUCUGAGAGGAGUGCACUAUGGAUCUGACCUGGCCACACCAAUCAACAUAGACACCUCUGUGCGGUCUCGGUGUUCAGUCAGUGAUGAGCUGUGGAACUUUGUCAACACUGAAUGGUAGAAGAGAUCAAAGGAAAGUUGCCAUAUUUGUCCAGUAGUUGUUUGUCCUGAAGUUGGAUUGUCUGUGUGUUGUAAUACAUUUGUUUUAUACUAAGAUUGUAUUCCUAUUGUUGGUAUUGACUUCCAUGACAUUUUGUUAUAUUGAAUAAAGUAGUUUUCCUAAA